AUGCACAACCCGACUCUUCUAGGUUUCUCGCUUCUCUUCUUGUCUUGCGCCUCGCCUACUCUCGGAGCACCUGCAGAGUCCGUCUCUGCACCAUCCAGCCCUGCGUUGGCCUUUGGCUUCAACCCUCCCGAACCUGCAUCCAUUUCUGGUACACCUCUCUUGGGUUCUACGGCCACUUCCUCAAGUUCGGAUGCCGCCAUAACUAGCGCGAGCUCUUCGUUCGAUGUUGCGACGCCUCCUUCGCCAACAGAGGCCAUCGCAGCAGCAGUCGAGCCUACUCUGGCGGCGGUAUCUCCCGUCUUGGCGGCGGCUCAAUCUGCUGCUUCUCCCACUGCGUCCGAACAUAACAGCGCUGUGUCCUACAACGAGGACCCGCCUGCUGUUCAGUCUGCUCCAUUGGUUAUUCAGGGCGCUGCGGCUACCUCAGGCCUUUCCACUAUGAAGCACUCGAAGCUUUCAUCGUCUGCUCACAAGAAGUUGGCGAAUAAAUUCAAGUCUAUGGCGCUUCUUUCUUCUACGGCCUCUGUUCCAACCCCCUCCUCCACCCCUGCUUCCUCUGUGCGCCUGGAUUUCGCGACUUCACUUCCCGUGGCUGCUUCAUCGUCCAUUCCGACACCGUCCGCGGUAUGGCCUCAACCAAUGACCUCGGCCUUCACCGAGCCGCUGUUCUCCGGAACGCGUUCCAUCGUGCAGCCCACCGCCAACGUCCUUGACGACCCCAACCCCGAAGUCCAUUCCCAGAACGUGUCCGACGCGUCCAUGCGUGCGCGUAAGACCGCCAUCGUGGCCGCCUUCCUCAUCCUCGGCACCCUCAGUGCACUCGGCGGCGGCGUCCUCUGUUUCAAGUGCGGCGUCCUGUCCUGUUGCCACAGGACGGACAAACUCCGCCGCAACCGCAAGUCUCGCCUCUCCCUCGCCACCGCCGAAGAGGGCCUCCAGAAACCGCCGCGCGUCGCCUCGCUCGAGAAGUCCAUCGUUCCUGGGGCGCCCCCAAUUGCGGACAUGCCGACGCUCUCGCGCGACUCGCACACCCCCUCGUGCAGCACGUGCCCGGACUCCGUCACCGGCAUGAAGAGCGGGAUCUCGGGCGGCGCAUCCAGCUGGCGCGUGUACGCGACGAACGAGGACGGCCAGUACGAGGACGUCACGCACGUCCUCGCGUCGGACACGUACGCCUCCAUCCGCUCCGGGCACUCCGGGACGUCCUCGUACCGCCACUCCGCGGACAGCAGCGGGAGCGGGACGCAGCCGCAGAGCUCGGAGCGCUCGCACUCGCGCGCGAGCGAGAGCGGCGCGAGCAUGACCGCGGAGUCGUACAAGUCGUGCGAGUCGCGCUACUCGACGCCCAGCUUCGAGCGCCGCUCGCGCGACGGCCCGCCCUCGGCCUCUGCGUCCGCGUCGUCGUCGCUCCUCCCCGCGUCCGACUCCCCGACCCCCUCGUCGCCCGCGUCGCCCGUUUCGGUGCUGCUGCUCACCCCGGAGCAGGGCCAGGGCCAGGGCGGGUAUGUGGGUCUGGCGGACGCGGCGAUGCCGCGCGUGGUCGUCUCGGAUGCGGGCGCGCCGCUGGAGACGGUCGUGGAGUCGGAGGGGGAGGACAUGGAUAUCGACUCGCAGUGGAACGUCGCGCAGGCGUUCGCGGCGCCGGUUUUGCAGAAGCAGAAGGCGCCGGUCGGAGCGGGCGGGAUUGGUGUGGCGGAGCAGAGCGUCGGGACUGUCGCUCUUGGCGGGCGGACAACUCUCCAGUCUAUACUAUCGGCCGUAGCACAGUCAUCGUAUUUGGCAGCUGCGAGCUUUUUGAAGAUCUUCCGCCUGGAACACGUCGAGGGCUGGCACCACGUAGUAUAUGACUUGCCGCUAGGCGGCGAGCAACAGCCUUCCCCAACUAACGCCUCCUUGGCGCAUGGGUCGCCCCACGGCCGCCGGAUGUCUAUGGGGAAUCCGCCCACCUCGAGGAUUCUCGGUCGUGCGUGCGCAAGCACGGGGGCGAGCAUGUGCAACUCGUUGGGGUACACGCUCGACAACACGGCGUGCUCGAUGCCGCACGUCAGGCCCAGGGCGUACCCUUCCGCUGGCCAGGCGAGGCACAACUGUCAGGAAGAAGCCAGUGUCGGAUACGUCUCUCAGAAGAUAAUUUCCACGUCGUAUGCGGGAUAUCCACAGGCGUGCUGGGCCCUGGCGGUAUCGUCGGAUUCCGAAUACGAGUGA